AUGAAAUUCUCAACUGUUCUACUAUCUGCUGGUUUGGCUUCAACCACUCUGGCCCAAUUUUCCAACAGCACCGCUGCUUCCUCCAGCGCCAUCACUUCUUCUUCUAUUGUUUCCAGUUCCUCUAGCUCAGUAACUAUUACAUCUUCUGAAGCUCCAGAAUCCGACAACGGUACCAGCACUGCUGCUCCUACUGAGGCCCCAACCACUGCCCUUCCAACUAAUGGUACAUCUACUGAGGCUCCAACUGAAGCUCCAACUGAAGCUCCAACCACUGCCCUUCCAACUAACGGUACCUCCAGUGAGGCACCUACCGAACUUCCAACUUCGUUCAUUUCUCCUAACAGUACCACAGCAUUCCCACCAACCACAUCUCUACCACCAAGUAACACAACCAUUCCACCUUACAACCCAUCUACAGAAUACACCACUGACUACACUGUGGUCACUGAAUACACCACUUACUGCCCAGAGCCAACCACUUUCACUACAAACGGUAAGACUUACACCGUCACCGAACCAACUACAUUGACCAUAACUGAUUGUCCAUGUACCAUUGAAAAGCCAACCACCACAUCAACCACUGAAUACACUGUGGUCACUGAAUACACCACCUACUGUCCAGAGCCAACCACUUUCACCACAAACGGUAAGACUUACACCGUCACCGAACCAACUACAUUGACCAUCACCGAUUGUCCAUGUACCAUUGAAAAGAGUGAAGCUCCAGAAUCUUCUAUCACCAUCACCGAAUCAAAGGGUACUACCACCAAGAAAGAAACAGGUGCCACUACCAAACCAUCUACUGCCAACCCAAGCCUAACUGUCUCCACCGUUGUCCCAGUUUCACCAUCUGCUUCUUCUCACUCCGUUGUUAUCAACAGCAACGGUGCUAAUGUCGUCGUUCCAGGUGCUCUAGGUUUAGCUGGUGUUGCUAUGCUAUUGUUGUAA